AUGGCAUUAUCAAAGCGUCCUCUAUCCAAAGAACUUGUCUCAGAUACAAACAAUGUCAAAUACGACGAUCAGGAAUGUACAAUCAAGCGUAAAAAACGUUCAAGUCGUGACGAUGAAACAACAAAUUCCUCAAAUAACAAUAAUAACCAACAACUUGGUAAUUUAAAUGACAAAAGUACAUUGCCACAGAAAAAACGUUCUGUAGCCCAACCAUCAAUUAUGAAUUGUGGUCGAAGUAAUACACCAUCAUCAGUACAACAAAAUGGUAAAUUAACAUGUGACGAUCAGGACGAUGAAACGCUGAUUCGUGAAACACAAGCUGCCCUUAAAAGUCUUUCGGGUAGCUGGCCAGAUGCCCGUAAUAAUCUCUAUCGCCUCAAUGAUCAAGAUGAAAACCCUCCAUUCCAGAAUCUUUUCGAAGAGCAUAAGUUGAAUGGGUCUUCGCCAUUGCAAAAAUAUGCAAAGUAUGAUUCAAAAAGUCUUAUGUGCAUACGACGUGAGUCCGAUAAUUUCUUGUAUUUCCCCAGACAAAAAGAAAAUGAUCAAGCAAGGCUCAACUCUCAAUACAAGACAUUAACAUCGCCAUCAUCGACAUCAUCAACUUCGUCGGUAGAGUACGGCACUGAGUCAAAAUCUGAUCUCAUCGGCACCGACAUGGAUUCCAGGAAAAAAAUCCCAUUUUCUCAAGCGUCUGCAUUCAAACCACCAAAUGAUAUUAAGCGCAACGGUAUAAUGUCGUCGGCUUAUGGCAUCCCAUCGAUGGCAACUCCAUAUGGUAAUGAAUCGUCAUCAGCAUUCCUAAGCUACCAGCCACAUGCUACAACCGAAGCAGUUGUGCAUCAUCAUCAUCCACAUCAUCUACCGCAUCAGCUGCCACCCCCAUCAGUGGCAGAACUCAAUGCUGGAAGCGAUGAUCCCAGCAACAAGGUAAUCAACACAAAAUCCCUUAAGGACAAUGAAGAUGACGUUCAGAACUCAAAGCAUCACCUUCUUCAUCAUCAGCAGCAUCAGCAAUUGCAGCAACAACAGCACAACAACCAUCUACAGCAGCAACAGCAACAACAACAGCAUCCACAGACAAUGGAAACACCUGACACAAAGCACUAUACAAUCCUGCAGCCAGCAGGAGUAGGAAGUCGGGCAGCAUCCGUUAUGCAGGAUAUAGCUCGUGAGGGAGUCGUUACUGUGUCGGCAGUAAGCAGCAGUAGCAGCAACCCCAACAACAGCACCACCACAACCAACAACAUUGGCAGUCCGGGCAUGGGAAAUAUUGUGUCGUCGACGACAUCAAAUGACAAAAUUGCCUUUGAUCAGGGUGCCGCAUCACAGCCAUCAUUUUCACCUGGAAGCCUCAACAGAGAUGGAGCAAAAUGUCCUACUCCUACUUGUAAUGGUCAGGGACAUUCGACUGGUCUUUAUUCACAUCAUAGAAGCAUAUCUGGUUGCCCAAAACGAGAAAAAUUAACACCUGAACCAAUAGCCAAUCCAAAUUCUCCGUCUGCAAUCAAAUCCGAAAUGAAAAGCCUUUACACAACACAUGCAAACGAUGUCAUGGACAAGGAUCACCAAAUGAGUGAAAAAGUCAAAAUCACUUCGAAUGUUUACCUCAAUAAUAACAACUCAAAUUGUGUGAACAACAACAAUCCGUCGAAGUGUAAUAACAACCUACUAAUGGGCCAUACCACAACCAACCCUAUCAAUACGAUGCCAAUAAUCAAAUCAGAAUUUAGCCCUUCAACGGUACACAUCAAAUCCGAAUCGGGAGUGGGUGGUAUCGGUGGCUAUACGACGAAAAGUCCGAAUCCCCAUAGUCACAGUCAUUCGGUGAUGCAACACCACCCUUACCUUAGUGCUGGCAGUGAUUCGACAAAUACAACAACAAGCUACGGCACCAUGGAUAGUCAAUCUAAAUCAUCGAUAACAGGGGCUGGCAACGGUAAUGUUGGAGGUGGUGGUUCACAGCAACAACAACAACCCCAGUCAGCAAAUAAUCCAAACAACAAUGACAGCAUGCAUUCAUCACACUUAAACGGCAAUGGCAACAACAACGGCUCUUCUGGUAGCAGUCAGAGCCAAAGGACAAAUGAUGUCCUUCGUAAUGCUGGCAGUCAAUUGUCAUCUGGUGGAGCAGCACUUCAGUCUGAAGAGAUGAAUGGUUUUGUUACCUUACAACAGCAACAACAACAACAACAACAACAGCAAAUAAACGAGCAAAAUUCUCAAGAGAGUCCACAGCAAAGAGGCACUUUUGAAGGAUCCGCAAAUUUAAUGAGCAACAACGGUAGUAAUGGCACAACAUCUACACAAGCAAACUCACAACAGCAGCAAGGUGCCAAUAACAACAACAACAACGGCAGCAACGGUAAUAAUGGAGGAAGUUCAGCGGCGAACACAUCACAUUUGGGCUCUAUGGAUGAUCCUUACGGCAGAGAUACAGCCGCAGUAAUGCGGUACUCCCAUAUGAGUGAUAUGGUGAGUAAUGGGUCCAUUACAAAACCAUCAGCUUCUUAUGCGGGAAGUGACAUGCUAAAUGGACAUGGUUCUACAGAUGUUGUAUCUGCUGCUGGUCGUACUCCCACCUACGACAUCUCGAACCGUCCAUCAUACGACUCGAAUGUGAUGUCAAUCUCUUCGACGGCCUUCGAAAGAUACGACCCAAAUAAUUGCUUAGCGCAAAGAGCCACAACGAACAUGUAUCAUUAUCUGCCGCAGUCAUCGGCGGCGAUGGACGAUCUCAACCAACAACAGCAAAAGUACCUCCAAGAGCAGCAAAUGGUUCAUGCGAGUAUGCUAAAGGCAGAGCAUGACGAAAAUAACGGACCAAUAUAUCCCCGACCGAUGUAUCACUAUGAUCCUAGCAUGGGUCCGCUGCCUCCAGGUUUCUCAGCUAUCAAUCUGUCAGUUAAAGUUGCAGCUGCACAAGCAGCUGCCGCUGCAGCAGCUUAUAACAAAGGCGGAGCAGGUUCACCGUCUCCAAAUGGACCUGUUAUCGAUCUCUCGACUUCGAGUGUGACUUCAUCGAGCCCCCAAGGAUUCAAUUCGCCACAUUACAAUCAGCGUAUUGGUGGAAGUCCUCAACCUGGAUCUAGUCCACAUCUAGCCAGCCCCCAAGUGCCAAGCCCGCAAGGACAGACGUUGGAUUUAAGCGUAACUCGCCUGCCUCACAGGUAUAUUAUUACGAGCCCUCAAUAUGGAACUCAUCCUGAUGCUCUCGGACAUCCACAUGGAUUUGGUAGUGCUCCAAGAUCACCACAAACGGAACCGGUUGAUUUUAGCGGUCCACCUAGACCGCUUGGAUUUGGACUGGUUGGACAUAUCGGUGGACCGGGACCAUAUAGCCGGGAAUCUACUCCUGACAGUGGUGGAUCACAUUAUAUUGAUAGUUAUAGAGAUCCAAGUGGUUACAGUCCUCAUCCUGGUUAUGGAAUGGUUGUGCAAUCCGAUUAUCCUCCAGCUGGUUAUCAUGGAUAUGGAGCUGCCGCAUAUCAAUGUAGUAAUCCGUAUGCAACUGCUGUUGGUCCCGGCGGAUAUCCGACACCAGUUUCAGGUGGUUAUUCUCCAAGUCCGGCGUCUUGUUAUUCAAUGCCACCACCGCAGCACAUACCACAACAUGAUAAAACAAAGGACGGCUUAACGGGAUGUCCACGUACGGAUAGAAAUCAUCUGCAAUCCCAUUCGCAGGAACUCAAAUGUCCGACACCGGGCUGUGAUGGUUCUGGUCACGUAACCGGAAACUACUCAUCGCAUCGCAGUCUGUCGGGAUGUCCUCGUGCGAAUAAACCGAAGAGCAAACCACGUGACGGUCAGGAUUCUGAACCUUUAAGAUGUCCCAUACCCGGAUGUGAUGGUUCUGGACAUUCAACAGGCAAAUUCCUUUCCCACAGAAGUGCAUCAGGAUGUCCGAUAGCGAAUCGUAACAAAAUGAGGGUCCUGGAGAACGGAGGUACGGUGGAGCAGCAUAAGGCAGCUGUUGCAGCCGCAACUGCUAUGAAAUUUGAUGGUGUGAAUUGCCCCACUCCGGGUUGUCCGACGGCAGCGCAAGGAAUCAAGAAGCCCAAAUUCGAUGAGGUCACCAUGGUCUAUCCCAAAGGAUACUCAGGCAUGGACAUAAUGAUGAACUCAGUUGGCGGUAACACAACAACAGCAUCAACUGGCACCACACCACCUGGACCAUCUAAUAAUAAUAGUUCCACCGCAUCAACGAAUAAUGCCUCAACAAAUAAUAAUACCAUGCCUCAAAAUAGUGUGACCACAAACGGCACUGAAGAUUUAACAACUCUAGAAGCAGAAAUCUCAGAAUUACAGAGGGAGAACGCUCGAGUCGAAUCACAAAUGCUGCGCUUAAAGUCAGAUAUUAAUGCUAUGGAAUCGCAGUUAAACACCAGUGAUCGGGAGGCCUCACCCCUAAACACAUCCCAACGCAAUACAAGUAAUCCCAGUUCCUUAAACAACUAUUACGAAAGCCUCCGCAAUAAUGUGAUCACUCUAUUGGAGCAUGUUCGUAUUCCACCAAAUGGGGUUGGCCCACCACCACCAGGCACUGGCGGACUUUCAUCAUCAUCUUCAAUGUCAUCGGCUGCAAAUCAUCACACAUAUUCUCAUGCAUCCCUUAUACCCCCGGGACCAUUGACCACCGCUAGUAUUUCACAGGCUCAGUCUAUAGCUGGAAUAUAUGGUCCCCCACCGCCACCACUGCCACCUAGUGCUGAAAAAAUUACCCACCACCAUCAUCCGCAUCAUCAUCCACAUCAUGAGCACUUUGACAGUUAUAUUUCCAAAUUACAGUCGCUGUGUGUUCCGGCGGAUGUCUAUGCGCUGCCAGACGAUAAUCGUCCUGUAUAUGAUACAAUGAAAUCAUCUAUGCACCAGGACUAUACUGUACUACCAACACCCAUUUAAAAUAAAAUUAAUAAAAAACACAUCUAAACCCAGUUAUAAUGUAAUGUAUGAGUGUGUGUAAUUUUAUAAUAAAACAAUAAUUGUAAAUAUUUAAAUAAAAGAAAAAGUUUAGUUUUAAUUUUGUUUUUAAUUUAAAUGAAUUUUGAAAAUCGAACUGCAAGUCCUUGCAUAAUAAACAACCACAUAAAUAAACGAAUAAUAAAAUU